GAUUGGUGCGUUUGUCUCACUGCUUCUCACGAGAGAGGAAAAGUAACAUGGCGGCGACCUUGCGGGCUGCGAAGUGGUUUUUGCAGGUCCCAAGCAAGGUGACUCCACCAUUGUCUCGUUCAGUAUUCCAAGUAGGAAAGGAAGAUACAAAAAAUCCUAACUGGAUAAAAGUUGGCCUGACUCUUUCUUCAACUGUUCUAUUAUGGGUUAUGCUUAUCAAGCACCAUGAUUAUGAAAUGGCAGAAUAUGAAAGGAGAAAAAAAGAACACGAUUCUUAAUGCAAUCUGAUUGUUAUG